AUGGCGGUGUUGGAGAACAUGGCUGCUGCUAUACAGGCCACUGCAGAGGCUCUUGGGCAAAAGAUAAACAAUAAUGGCAAUGGUGAAAGUGGAGCUCAGGGCCCGGUGAUACUGGCAACCUUCUUAAAGGUUAAUCUACCUAAGUUCAAAGGAACUACCGAUCUGACUGAAGCUGAUACCUGGUUUCACGCUAUAGAGCGAGCACUGCAAGCGCAUUUGGUACAUGAGGAGCAGUGUGUUGAAUUUGCUACCUAUCUGCUCACUGUGGAAGCAUCGCACUGGUGGCAGGGAGCCUGGCGUCUCUUACAGCAAGGGGAUGCCUUUAUCACUUGGGAUGCCUUCCAGGUGAAAUUCUAUAAGAAGUACUUUUUGAAUUCUGCCAAGACGGCCAAGGAACUUGAGUUACUACAGCUGAAGCAGGGUGCUAUUUCCUAUUGGAGUAUACAUACAAAUUUGAGAAGCUAUUCAGGUUUUCCCGCAUGUGUCAGGGAACUCCGGGAGACUUCGAGGAAUGAAAGUGCAUUAAGUAUGAAGGAGGGCUUCGGAGUGAUAUCUUAA